AUGGAUCCGUUCAAGCUCACUCCCGUCGCGCCCGGCGCGUCCAGCUUCUUUCCUACGCCAACCGAAAUCUCGGGUGGCGUCCGAUGGCUCCGGGACCACCCUGUCAUGGCUGCUGCCACCUGCGCCGCCGCCACUGCAUUUUCAAUGGCAGCCUACUUGGCCAUGCAAGCCAAGGAGCCUGUGCGAAUGCUCCACGUGGCGCCCAGCGCCGAGCUCUUCCCAGCCAAGCCCACCGUCUCGCCGUCCGACAAAGCCACCGAGCAGGACAGCACGUUUGACUUUAGUGACUACAGCGAGCUUCGUCACCACCGGCGGCGCAACACGAUGGAAGAUGACUUGCCCGAGUGCCCCAAGUCGCCGGGCUACAUGUCGCUCUCGCCGCUGGAGCACGCCGUGACGGCCGACCAAGGCGACGACAUGGGCGGGAUUGGAUCGCCUGAAUGGGGCUGGUACGUCUCGACAACACCGCCCGAGGACUAUUACCCCGCGCCCGCCAUUUGCUACGGCCGCUGCGAGUAA